AUGGGGUCAUGUUUCAGCUCAGAGUCCGGCGGAGACGCCGAACAGAAGAAGCGAAGUCAGAUGAUCGACCGCAAGCUAGAAGACGACUCAAGGCGACUACGGCGAGAAUGCAAAAUUCUCCUUUUGGGUUCCGGAGAGAGCGGCAAGUCUACGAUCGUGAAGCAGAUGAAGAUUAUCCACCAAAACGGGUACACUGUCGAAGAACUGGCGCUCUAUCGCUUAACCGUCUACAAGAACCUCUUAGAUUGCGCCAAAGCGCUCAUCGGAGCCUACCACUAUCUCCAGCUCGAACCGUCAAGCCAAAAGGUCAAGGAUUACAUCGGAUUCCUCGAAGAGUGCAACGUGGACCCGGAUCCCAACACCACGCUCGAUUCGAAAAUCGGCGAAGCCAUCACAUACCUUUGGAAUGACCCUUGUACAUCAACAGUGUUGGAACAUCAAAAUGAGUUCUACCUGAUGGACUCAGCGCCAUAUUUCUUCGAUGAGGCAAAACGAAUAACCUCUGCCGACUACAUCCCGAAUGUCUCAGACGUCCUCCGCGCAAGAACGAAAACUACCGGUAUCUAUGAGACAAGAUUCACAAUGGGGCAACUGAGCAUACACAUGUUCGAUGUCGGUGGCCAGCGCAGUGAGCGCAAGAAAUGGAUUCACUGCUUUGAGAAUGUUACCUCGAUCAUCUUCUGUGUUGCAUUGAGCGAAUAUGAUCAAGUACUACUCGAAGAGAGCAAUCAGAACCGAAUGAUGGAAAGCUUAGUGCUCUUCGACUCCGUGGUCAACUCUCGAUGGUUCAUGCGAACAAGUAUCAUCCUCUUCCUGAACAAGGUCGAUCUAUUCCGCCUGAAGCUACCCCGAUCGCCCCUGAGCAACUACUUCCCCGAUUACUCGGGCGGCAACGACGUGAAUCGUGCUGCAAAAUAUCUACUCUGGCGAUUCAACCAAGUCAAUCGAGCACACCUGAACCUCUACCCCCAUCUCACCCAAGCCACCGAUACAACAAAUAUUCGCCUGGUCUUUGCAGCAGUUAAAGAAACAAUCUUACAGAAUGCUCUGAAAGAUUCGGGCAUUCUAUGA